AUGAAGAACCAAAUCCCUGUGGUGCUCUUGGCCUGUGGCUCCUUCAACCCCAUCACCAACAUGCACCUGCGCUUGUUUGAGGUGGCCAGAGACCACCUACACCAAACAGGAAAGUACCAGGUGAUCGAGGGCAUCAUCUCCCCUGUCAAUGACAAAUACAAGAAGAAAGAUCUCGUGGUGGCCCGCCACCGGGUGGCCAUGGCCCGGCUGGCCCUGCAGACAUCCGACUGGAUCCGAGUGGAUGCCUGGGAGAGUGAGCAGCCACAGUGGAUGGAGACGGUGAAGGUGCUGAGGCAUCACCACAGUGAACUGCUCCUCCGAUCCCAGUCCCAGACGGAAGGCCCUGGUGACAAGGCAUUCUCCCCAGCCCCUGCAGCUGUACCGAAGCUGAAGCUGCUCUGUGGAGCAGAUGUCCUGAAAACCUUCCAGACCCCCAACCUCUGGAAAGAUGCACACAUCCAGGAAAUAGUGGAGAAGUUCGGCUUGGUGUGUGCAGACCGGGCAGGCCACAACCCUGAGCAGUACAUCUUGGAAUCACCCAUCCUUCAGAGAUACCAGCACAACAUUCACCUGGCCAGGGAUCCUAUGAAGAACAACAUCAGUGCCACGUAUGUCAGGUACGCUCUGGGCCAAGGGCAGAGUGUGAAGUACCUGCUCCCCGACGCCGUCAUCGCCUACAUCAAGGACCACAAACUCUACACCAAGAACAGUUCCUGGGCAGGCAAAAGCACCCAGAGGAAUGAAGAAAAGACAAGCUAA